AUGUUUCCUCUCACCCUCCUCAGCCUGCUCUUCAUCACCCCACAAACAGACGACAAGAAAGAGAAAGAAAAAACCCUGGCAACAACCAAAGAGGAAGCUCCAUCUAAGUAUGACUCCAUGUUCCAGAGAGGGGACCUGUUGAAGGUACCCCGGACGUUGUUCACUCAUUUUGGGAUCUACCUGGGCGGAGGCAAGGUGGCUCACCUGAUACCCGACAUACUGCCUAUGGUGUCAGAGGAUGAGGAAGCUGUCAGAGAGAUGGUCACCAAUAACAGACUGAUACUGGGGGUCAUCGCUAAGUGUGCCAGUGUGAGGGUGGACACUGUGGAAGACUUUGCGUACGGCUCAGAGAUUAUUGUGAACCCCAUGGAUAAGGUGUGCAGUCGCCCCCCACUGAAAGGAGAGGAAGUGGCUGGAAGGGCAGAGAAGCUCCAGGGCUGCACAGCCUACAGCCUGCUGUGGUAUAACUGCGAACACUACGUCAUGUACUGUCGAUACGGCACCUGCAUGAGCUUCCAAACCUUUCAGUUCUGUAAGACAGUGAAGAAGUUCAUUCUGAGCCGGAGGAGUGCCAAGUUGACAGCGGUGUUAGGCCCAGUACUAGUGCUCUAUGUGGGGGUAGUGUCUCUCUGCUCAGCCCUGGUCAUGAUCCUGGUUCCCUUUAUUAUCUGGAUGGCCUCCUAG